AUGGAGGCCGCUUCGGAGGAUGAAUUCCCAGGGGAAGAGGAAGAAGAAUUCCACGGGUUCGGUUCCGCCAGUUCCUCAGGCCCAGAAGAAGACGACAACGACGACACAGACUUAUCCAAACCCUCCCCCGCACCUCUCUCUGCGCCUGCCGUCUCAUCCCGCAAAAAAGCUGCCUGGACAGACCCCUCCGACAGCACGCUAACCGUCUCCCUCUCCUCCAAUCGUCUGCGCAAGCUUCGCCAGUCAGCAGCAGAGGACAGUCUCUCUGGACAAGAGUACGAGCUCAGGCUGAGACGAGAGUUUGAGAAGAUCCAGCCAGCGCCGGAGUGGGCUAAGCCGAAGCGUAACAAACGGGUAUCAGAGGGAGAGGAAGGGGAAGAAGGAAUCGACUCCCUCCUACACGGGACAGCAGACAUCGUCCUCCCAUCGUCCAAGAGCACCUCUCUUCCAUCAGGAGAGCUCCAGCUCACCCGGCUCGCAGACGCCAACCUCUCCUCCCCCUCUUCUUCGAGCUGUAUGACCUCUUUCCACCCCUCGCUUUCCAUCCUCAGCACCGCCUCCGACCGCCGGCUCAAGCUCUUCUCCAUCGACGGCGCCCGCAAUCCCCUACUCCAAUCUAUCCAUCUCCCGGAUUUGCCCCUCACAAAAGCGGUCUUCAACCCCCAAGGCACGGCUGUCCUCUGCACAGGUCCAAGACCAUUCUGGUACAGCUACGACCUGCUCUCUGGACAGCUUCUCCACUCUCCUCGGGGCCUGUGGGGAUCCCCUAGUGCUCAGAACUACGAGGACGGAGAACGCUCGCUGGAGAUGUGCGAGUUCUCACCUGACGGGACCCUCCUUGCGGUAGGGGGAAGGCGGGGGAAUAUCUAUUUUGUUGAUAUGCGUGCUGGUGGGGCGAGUGGGCAGGUGUUAGGAAGCGUAAAACUUAACAGCGCGGUCACUGCACUCCAGUGGACCCAGCCAGAGGGGAAGGAGAUCCUAGCCGUUGGCGAAGAGGGAGAAGUGUACGUGUUUGACGUGGCUGCGCGCAGGUGUGUGAGGAAAUGGAAAGACGAGGGUGCUUUUGGGGCUAGCGCACUAGCCGUGAGUGCGGAUGGGCAGGGGAUGGCCCUGGGGGCGAGGACGGGGAUUGUCAGCCUUUAUGAUUCUUCUGCUAUGAACACGGGGAUGGGUCAGGGGAAUCCCAAGGCGCUCAGGACGGUUAUGAAUCUUACGACAAGGAUCUCUUGCUUGAAGUUUAACAGGAGUACGGAGAUCCUGUGCUUGGCUUCGAAGGACCAGAAAGAUCAGCUGAGGAUGGUACGUAUUCCUGUUAAUACGGUCUUCUUCAACUGGCCGACGUCGGGCACACCUCUGGGACACGUUACGAGCGUCGAUUUCUCUGCGAGUGACGAGUACGCCGCGAUUGCCAACACAAGGGGCAAGGUUUUGUUGUACCAGCUUCGUCAUUACAUACAAUAG